AUGGACAUAGAGUAUGUAGAAGGUGGUGAUAUUGAUGAUUUGAUUAAGAAAAUAGAUAUUAAUUAUAAAGAAUGUAAAAAAUAUGAUAUGUACAUCGAAGAAGAGAAUACGGAAGAAGAAAAAGAAUCAUUCAAUAAUUUUAAAAUUAAAGAAAACAAGUAUGAAGUAAAUUCUAAAAUGAAAAAUUUGAAGAAUAAAAAUGUUGAUAAAAAUGAAAUUAAGAAAGGAAUAGACAACAUUAAAAAUAUUAUUGUUCAAAAAGAAUCAUUUAAUGAUAGAAAUAAAAAAUAUAUAAAUUUUAAAAAAGCAAAUAAUAAAAAUGCAUUAACUAAUUUAAAUGUUAGAAAAAAGAGAAUAUUAGAAAGUAGUGAUGAGUCAGAUCAAGAUGAAUUCAUGCCAUCUGUAAGAAAAAUAGUUGAUUAUGUUAAAAAAAAAAAAAAAAAUCAGAGAAAGAAAUAA